AUCAAGGCAGUGAGAGCAAAGCUCUACGGCUUUACGUUUUACAGCCAGUCUCAUAAACGUGAGCGCCUUCAACUCUGCGUGACACAUUUUCGUGUUUAUGAUGGGCUCUGGAGAUGCUUCCCGACGAUGUGUCCCCUCUCUGGUUCGUGCUAUUUUCAGCGCGAUCGCGUCACGAUGCCGUCCAGCAAACUUCGUCUGGAGUGAAUGAAGAAUACGCGCACACCUCCGGGAUUACAGCUCAGGCGUUAUCGUGAAUUGAGGCAGGUGUAGAACUUCGAACGAUGAAUUCUACGAGCGCAAAACUACGAGAUCUACCUUGCUCUGCUGAUGUCCUUGUUCAUGUAUGAGAGAUUAUUCGUUCAUCGCCGACUGCCCGAUCAUCACUUCUCCACUCUCAUCCCGCAGCUUUUCGCUUUUCAUCUGAGCGUCCGUGUAAAAUGGAAAUCUGAAGUGCUCCACUUUCGCAGUUUCUCACCUUUCGGAGAAAAAGGUCCCAGGAUACGCAAAUUGCCAGGUCUUCUCCUCUUCUCUGUUCUGCCCCACUGGCUGCUCCUGGCUUCUGGAGAACGCCUCCUCUCCACGCUGCCUCGGACACCAGGAACCUGCCGCAACGUCAAUCACGUCCUCACAGCUGGCUGCAGGGCGGCCCUCGUGGCCGGGAUGCCACUGUGUACCCUGCCAGUCGGCGGUGGAUCCUGAGGGGCAGGAACUGCCCACCCAGUGCAGGGGGCAGAGGAACAAGCACCCUGACAACGACAUGAAUCUCUGCUGGAACGAGAUCAAACGCAAAUCCCACAACAUCAGGGUACGGCUGGAGGCCUUUUCGGACAACAGCGGGAAGCUCCAGCUGUCCCUGCAGGAGAUCAUCGAAUGGCUGACAGCUAAAGACGAGGAGCUGUCCGAGCAGCUGCCCAUAGGUGGUGAUGUCGGAGCGGUGCAGCACCAGCGGGAGUUCCACCAGGCUUUUAUGGAAGAUGUCAAAUCCAGAGGGCCUUACAUCUACUCUGUGUUGGAAUCGGCUCAGACCUUCCUGGCACAGCACCCAUUCCAGGAGCCCGAGGAGACGUUGCCUGAUGGCAAAGAAGUCUCUCCUCGACGGCGAAUGCUGAAUGUAAGUCGCUCCGUGUGGAAGCAGGCCAACGUGGCCAGUGACCUGUGGGAGAAGUUGACGGCGCGCUGCGUGGACCGACACCGGCACAUGGAGCGAACCCUGGAGAGGCUGCUGCAGAUCCAGGCUGCCAUGGAGGAGCUGGCUGUGGCUCUGGAGCAGGCUGAGGGAGUGAGGGACGCCUGGGAGCCAGUGGGAGACCUGUUUAUCGAUUCGCUCCAGGACCAUAUAGACGCUACCAAGCUGUUUAAAGAUGAGCUGACCCAGGUGAAGGAAGGAAUGAAGCACAUAAAUGACCUGGCCCACCAGCUGGCCAUAUCUGAUGUGCACUUGUCCAUGGAGAACGCCAGAGCUCUGGAGCACCUCAACAACAGAUGGAAACUUCUGCAGGGGUCUAUUGAAGAACGUCUAAAACAGUUGCAAGAUGCCCACAGAGAUUUUGGCCCUGGAUCACAGCACUUCCUUUCCAGCUCAGUGCAGAUUCCUUGGGAACGUGCCAUAUCCCCCAACAAAGUGCCAUACUACAUCAACCAUCAGGCUCAGACAACCUGCUGGGACCAUCCAAAGAUGACUGAAUUAUACCAAGCUCUGGCGGACCUGAACAAUAUCAAGUUCUCUGCAUACCGGACGGCCAUGAAGCUGAGGCAUGUGCAGAAGGCUUUAAGAUUGGACCUGCUAAAGUUGAGCAGCGUGGUGGACGUGUUUAGAGAACAGGAGCUGCAGCAUGCAGAGCACGUGAUGGAUGUGGUCGAGGUCAUCCACGCUCUCACUUCCCUGUAUGAGAAGCUAGAGGAGGAGAGGUCCGUUCUGAUCAAUAUCCCCCUGUGCGUCGACAUGUGUCUCAACUGGCUGCUGAAUGUUUAUGACAGUGGUCGUAAUGGUAAGAUGCGAGUGCUCUCCUUCAAAACAGGCCUGGUUAUUCUAUGCAACGCAGACAUCCAGGAAAAGUAUAAAUACCUUUUCAGACAGGUGUGCGGUCCAGGUGGACUGACAGAUCAGAAGCAUCUCAGUCUCUUACUGCACGAGGCCAUUCAAAUCCCUCGGCAGCUCGGGGAGGUGGCGGCGUUCGGAGGGAGCAACGUGGAGCCCAGUGUCCGCAGCUGCUUUCGAAUGGCUCCAGGUAAGUCAGCAAUCGAGGUGUCUCACUUUCUGGAAUGGAUGAGCCUAGAGCCUCAGUCGGUGGUGUGGCUUCCUGUUUUGCACCGGGUGACCGUGGCUGAGACCGCCAAGCACCAGGCACGCUGCUACAUCUGUAAGCAGUGCCCAAUCAAGGGCUUCAGAUACCGAAGUCUGAAACAGUUCAAUGUGGACAUCUGCCAAACAUGUUUCCUGACGGGCCGGACUACCAAGGGCAAGAAACUACACUACCCCAUCAUGGAGUACUACACCCCGACGACCUCAGGCGAGAAGAUGCGGGACUUUGCAAAGACGCUAAAAAACAAGUUCCGCUCGAAGCAGUAUUUUAGUAAACACCCUCAGAGGGGAUACCUGCCUGUUCAAUCAGUACUGGAGGUGGAGAGCUCUGAGACGCCCUGCUCAUCUCCCAGGCUGCCUCAUGCAGACACACACAGCCGGAUCGAGCAUUUUGCCAGCAGGUUGGCAGAAAUGGAGAACCAGAGCUGUUCCUUUUUCACCGACAGUCUCUCACCGGAUGAAAGUUUGGAUGAAGAUCAGUACCUCCUACGUCACUCCAGCCCCGCCCUCGAGCAGGACUCCCCCCACGGCCACCUGCUGGCCCACCUGGACUGCCAGGACAGAGAAGAGCUGCAGCGCACCCUCCAACGCCUUGAAAACGAGAACAGGGUGCUGCAGGGCGAGUAUCGGCGACUGAAGUGGAAGCACGAAGAGGCAGCAGCUUCACCCCAGCUGCUGGAGUCGGGUCCCGGUUCACCGGCCGGUCAGCAGGACGAGGAGCUCCUAGCCGAGGCUCGAGUCCUUCGACAGCACAAAACCCGCCUGGAGACGCGCAUGCAGAUUCUGGAGGACCACAACAAGCAACUGGAGUCCCAGCUACGCAGACUUAGAGAACUACUGCUGCAGAUUUCAUCAUUUUGUCCUGUCUACCAGCCCAAAGAUGACUCGGAGGCCAACGGUUCGGCUCCUUCCUCUCUGUCCUCUCCUGUGUCAGGGGGAGGCCACCAGGGGGAGCCUCCCAGCAGAGAGACCACAGACACAGAAGCUGCAGGUGAUGAUUUGGAUCAUGAGCAGGACACUGUACUGCAGCUGCAGCAGGUAAUCGAACAGCUGAGGAACGUCUUCCCAUCUGAGCCAGGUCCAUGAGGAACCUGAAGCAAAUCUCAGAGGCCUAUAAUUGUGCAGGCAUCGUAUUGCUCGUUAUUGUGGGCAAGGUCUUAAGAAAGCGGGGCUGGCGAAUCCAUGGACAGACGAGGAGAAGGUCAGGACAACCUUCUCGGCCUGCGCCCAUUUGCCAAUCCCAAAGAGCUGUGGGAUUAUCUGAGUGCUAACUAAACAAACUAAUGUUUACAUGGUGCCAAAGGCCUGCACUGAUCCGGACACUGUGCUAACCCGUGUAGUAAUGCAAGGUGUGUGGCUUCAUCAGUACAGCACAAGAACCACAAACAGGACUUACACCACGCAGAAGGGGAUCUCUCCUUAGGUCCCUGUGCCAGCAACUUCUCUGUGUGUAUGUUUAUUUUUUUCGUUUUAAAAUGGUUUACUAUUUUCUGUGACUCACUCAUGCACAUAAAAAGAAAUAUACACACAUACCGAUGGUAAGUCGUGCUUGGCAAUGCGUGGCCCUUGUUCUGUGAAGCAGAAAAGAGCAGAUUCCCUUGAACUGUCGGGACACACAGCAAGCUUAUUUACACUGUAAGGACGACACGUCUUCUGUUGAGGCUAGCAUUUAUUUAAAAUGCCAAAGUGCCCAUGAGCAUUGUGCUCCUGCCCUGUCUUUCUCUUUCUCACCCCGCUCUUUCUCUCUUUUACAUAAUAUUGUUUCAUCACUCUUAAAUGCAUAUAAACACAGACACACACUGCACAAAUCAUUUUCUUGAUCAGUAUUUUUGCCUUGUUUUUAAUCACAAAUAUAUAAACACCUUUCAAACAACAUACACUACCAUUCAAAAGUCUGGGACCAGUAAGAAUUUUUUUUGAUAAGAUAAGAAAUGUGUCUUGAACACUAAAUCAGCAUAUUAAAAUGAUUUCUGAAGGAUCAUUAGACAGUAAAGACUGGAGUAAUGACUGCUGAAAAAAAUCAGUGUUGUCAUCACAGGAAUAAAUACAUUUUUAAAAUAAAAUAGAAAAGUUAUUUUAGUUUGUAAUAUUUUACAGCUACUGUUUUUUAUUUUUUUAAUACAGCCAUACAGCCAAGUAUGGAAGCCCUUUUCUGCCACUGAAUAAAAACAAAAAAAAAAGGUAGUUGCAACUUUUUAUCUCAUAAUAAAUUAAAAUUGUGAGUUUGUCUCACAAAGUCAGAAUUGCAAGAAAAAAGUCAGAAAUGCGAGAAAGUCAGAAUUGUGAGACACAAACUCACAUUUGCGAGAAAAGUCAGAAUUGCGAGUUUUUAUCACAAUUUUAAGAAAAAAAUCAGAAUUGCAAGAAAAACACCAGAAUUGCAAGAUACAAACUCACAUUUGCAAAAAAAAAGCAGAAUUGCAAGUUUUUAAUCACAGUUUUUAGAAAAAAAAUUCUGAAUUGCGACUAUCAAAAUUGAUUAAAAAAAAAGUCUCAAUUGAGUUUUUAAUCACAAUUUUAAGAAACAAAUCUGAAUUGCAAGUUUAUAUCACUUAAUUCUGAGAAAAAAGUCAGAAUUGCAAGAAAAAAAAAUUCUGAAUUGCGAGAUACAAACUAGCAGUUGCGAGAAAGUCAGAAUUGUGAGAUACAAAUUCACAUUUGCAAAAAAGUCAGAAUUGCAAGUUUUUAUCAAUUUUAAGAAAAAAAUCUGAAUUGCGACUUUAUAUCUCUGUUUUGAGAAAAAAAGUCAGAAUUGCAAGAAAAACAUCAGAAUUGCGAGAUACAAACUCACAAUUGCGAGAAAAUCUGAAUUGCUAGAUACAAACUCACAUUUGCAAAAAAAGUCUGAACUGAGAGUUUUUAAUCACAGUUUUAAGGAAAAAAUGUGAAUAACAAGUUUAUAUCACUUAACUCUGAGAAAAAAGUCAGAAUUGCAAGAAAAAAAUCAGAAUUGCGAGAUACAAACAGCAAUUGCAAAAAAAAAAAUUUAGAAUUGCAAGUUCAAUUUUAAGAAAAAAAUCUGAAUUGCGACUUUAUAUCUCUUAAUUUUAAGAACAAAAGUCAGAAUUGCAAGAAAAACGUCAGAAUUACGAGAUACAAACUCAUAUUUGUGAGAAAAAAGUAGGAUUGCGAGUUAUCAAAAUUUGAAGAAAAAUCUGAAUUCUGAAUUUGUAUCACUUAAUUCUGAAAAAAAAGUCAAAAUUACACGAUUCUGACUUUAUUUCUCCCAAUUGUGACUUUUUCUGACUUUAUUUUCACAACUGAGUUUAUAUAAAAAAAGGCAUUUUAAGAUACAAACCUGAAUUUGUAAGAAAAAAAGACAAUUGUGAGAUACAAACUUGCAUUUGAGAGAAAAAAAAAGUCAGAAUUGCAAAUUUUUACUCACAAUUCCAAGAAAAAAGUCAGAAUUGCGAGAAAAAGGUCAGAAUUGUGAGAUACAGACUCGAAAUUGUGAGAAAAAAGCCUUGCAAUUCUUACUUUAUUUUUCGCAAUUGUGUUUUUACAUUAUGCAAUUCUGAGAAAAAUUUUUUUAGAAUUGUAAAAUAAAAAGUUGCAAUAACAUUUUUUUUUUUAAUUCAGUGACAGAAACAGGCUUCUAUACAUAAGAGACUUCUUUCAAAAACGAACAGCAACAAAAAAAAAGUCGUACCACCUCCUAUCUCUUCAAUGUGAGAGUGUAUUAUGUAAUAGAGAGCAGCCUUAUUUUCAACUGGCAAAACAGUUGAUUUGUCAGUUAUUUCAAAAUAUGCCUAUUUAGUUAUUAAAAACUGGGCAAGUUUAAAUUAUUUUCUGUGGUAACACACAUUAUGCAAUGAAUGUUGUCGACUGGGCGUAACUUUUAUUGAACCCAAAACAUUCCUAACUAAAUUUAGUGAGAUAUAUUACAAUUUGCUUUUUAGAUAAAUGUUUAAGUUUGUUUAGGUAUUUGUAUUGAAAAACAAGACAAAACCUUGAUUAAUAAAUUGAUUUUUGUGCAGUGUAGCCACUCACACAGAAAGGAUCUACUGAGGAGAUGAGCGGAUUUCUCAGCUGUUGGUUUUCCGGUCACAAGGGAAAGGUCUUUAAGCAAUGGAGAUUUGUAGUGUUGUUUUGUUGUCAGAGCACUUGCCGUUAAAUUACAGCUGUCCAGUGUGGCAUGAACCAGAAAGCAGAUAUUCAAGGAGAUGACUUAACGCCAGGUUCGGUCCCUUUCACCUUGGCAUGGUAGGGUCUUUUACACUCAAGUCACAGCCUGACUCAUUUUAAACCGAGCACAGCUCUUAUUAUGCCUUAAGACUUCAAAGCUCCCCCUUUUUUUUUUUUCUAAAGAAUACCAGCCUUACAGCUCUCUGUCUUAUUGUCAUCUUCCCGAUGUAAGUAUUUUGUUUACCAAACGCUGUUCUCCAGAUCUCAGCAUUUCCACAAUCUGAGGAGGAAAAUGAAAGCGAGUGUGUGGAAGGAUUAUUUUACAUUAUGCCGAGGGAGGAGGACGGCAAAUGGAUCACGCUCUUUGUAAACAGAAAAAAGCCUUUUUUGGUGGAGUGAUUUACUGUGGGGUGUCAGAUUUAUAUGAGCAGAGUAGAUGCUGGGGGUGUAGCGAGUACAAAAAGAGAAAAAGAUAGCGAGCGAGGAAGAGAUAGCAAAUGGGAAAGAGAAAAGUGUGUAAAUAUUCACUGUGAUGGGUUGUGGCACUGCAGCCCCUGCAAACAGGAAUGAGAUUAUUGCAGCUGAGAGAGCAUGAGAUGGUCUCUAUUUGUUUUGGCAAACAUGUUGGAAGUAUAGCAUUUCCUCGCUCUCCAUAAAAACACAAAGUGACCCCUGUUGCACCGUAGGCUUUGCUCGAAUCCCACCGCGCCGUCACCGGCUUUCUUUUGCGCGCUUCGUGAUCUCAUUUUACAUCACAGUGGCGAGCUGUCUGUUUGUUUUGAUGCGGUUGCUAAGGAACUGUCCCCAAGGACACGGCGCUCCAGGUUAGUCUUUAGAAAGGUGGGGUGACUUUAUAAUGGAGGAGAUACAAAUAAGCAUAUGGAGGAAGAGAGAGACAGAGAGGGGGACUCAGGUCCCCUCCGCCCCAUAUGCCUGCCUCUGUUUAACUUGCAUGGCUCCUCAUUAAGAUCAACAUCUGGUGUUCUAUCCACAGCGACACCCAUUUAUCAUUCCACAGCUUCGUCGGGACAAAAGCACCUCACACAUACAAACGCGCACAUUGAAGUAGGCGCAAUGCGAUUUGUUUUCUUUCUCCAGCUCCCGCUCUAUUCCAUGCCAAACAGUCUCAACUGAUUCAGCUCUGAACGUGUGGAUUGUCUGAAGUCAUUUCAACACUGCAGAAAUAUAUUUUGGUCUUUUUUUCCCAGUACAAUAUCCAAACAUCCUUAAAACAAGACACAUUUACUAAAUGUAAUAUUACAACUUUUUUUCAGAGUUACAUUACUUUUACCAAAUCCUAUAUAUGAAAGCAUAUUUUACAUAAAUCUUGAAUUAUUUUUCCUAAUAAAUAUCCAAUUGGGUUAGAAUACAAAAUGAUUAUAUAUUGAUUAUAAAUGACUCCUGUUUUAAGGAUAUUUAGAUAUUUUUACAAGAAAGCAAGACAAAAAUAUUAAGAAGUGAUUUUAAGAUUAUAGAAAGGGAGAUGAUUUAUUAAACAUUUUUACAAAUUAUGAUAUUUAGAGCUUCAACAUGGUAGCAAAUCAUGUAGCAUUAUGUAAUACAUUUAUAAUUCUCCUAUAUGCAUACUCCUAUUUGCAAAAUAUUCUCCAUUCUGGCAUAUAUGUAUAUCCAUUAUUCCUUAAUAUGGUCUUUUUAACUCAUAAUUGUUCCCUUGUCUACUUUUAGAAAAUGCGAUGUACUGAAAUUAUGGGCUGUGUUAAUUACACAAGGAAAUAUUUUGUGAUUUUACGGCAUUGCUAAGGGCUGCCUGAGCUAUAUUUAGCCAUUUGCCUCAUUAACAAAUGCACUCAUUAUUUUUGUUUGUACGUAGCAGACCUUUGUGUCACGACCCCAAUACAUCUCUGGCUUUGCAGGCUUGUUUGUAAUAUUCAACUACACAACAGGGCAUCUACUGAUUUAACCUCUGAAACCUGUGGCAUCGCCAUUACACACCAUGACGUGUUGUGUUGUUUUCAGGUCAGAUGACCUCUGUUCCUGCAGUAUGCAUUGUGUUCUUAUUUUCAUGUGCAAUGCAGUUAAUUUUUUUUAAUCAUUAACGCCAUAAUUAAUGUCUAAGUUUGUUGUUUUUGUGUUUUUAAUCUGUACAAAAUGUGAAAGGAAGGCGUUUUAAAAAUGAAUGAGUUACUGGCUGCUUUCUACUCAUUGUGUACAAAGAAAUAAAUUUUUAUUUGUUAUA